GGCCUAAUAAGAAAGGUCCACUACUAAAUGUACGACGUCGUUUGUGAGGUCGCAAAUCUCCUUGAGAGAGAGAGUGAGAGUGAGUAGAGAGAAACGCCUUCUAGGGUUAGUAUUGAAAAACACAGUGAUGGCGGCGAGAAAUGCUCUGCUUCGAUACCUUAGAGUCAACGUGAAUCCAUCACCUGCACUCCCUUUCACCACCGUACUUCUUAGGCGUUUCUCGGAGGAAGUAAGAGGAUCGUUUCUCGACAAAUCUGAUGUCACAGAUCGCGUUAUCUCCGUCGUCAAAAACUUUCAAAGAGUCGAUCCCUCAAAGGUAACACCAAAAGCCCAUUUUCACAACGAUCUCGGGUUAGACAGUUUGGACAGUGUGGAGGUUGUGAUGGCGUUGGAGGAAGAGUUUGGGUUUGAGAUCCCUGAUAAUGAUGCUGACAAGAUCCAGUCCGUUGAUCUUGCUGUUGACUUUAUCGCUUCUCAUCCUCAGGCUACUUAAGAAAAAGAGAUUCAAAACUCUUCAGUGUUAUGCAGCUGUGUCUACAGAUUUGAUUAGAGACUAAUAGGAAGAGAACAAACUUCUUUUUUUUUGCUCUGCUUUGCUUUCAUAAGUGUUUGCUGUGUUCCCCUCCUGCGUGAUUUUACGAGAUCUUUCAAGAAA